AUGACAAAGUCAAAGCCAGCCGACGACUCCGAUAUGUCACGACCAGGCGACAUCGCGGUCCUGCCGCUGCAGGGCGCCUUUCAAAUCUACCAGUCGCUGGCCGACAGGUUGCUCUCCCCCAGCCCGCCCAAGGAGAUACCCAAGGAUGCUCCAACAAUCGCCGUCAUCGGCGCCGGCAUCACGGGCGUGACGGCUGCUGCGCACUGCGUCGGCCACGGCUUCAAUGUCGUCAUCUUCGAGGCCGGCUCGCGCCGGAACCUGGGCGGCGUCUGGACCGCCGUCAACGACUCGUCCAGCCUGCAGAUCCACUCGGCCAUGUACCGCUUUCACCCUUCAAUCCGCUGGAGCCGCAGCUAUCCGGACCGCAAGGAGAUCUUGGAUCAGGUUGAGAAGCUGUGGUGGAGGUACGGCCUGGACAAGGUUACCAAGUUCAAGGUCAGGGUCAAGCGCGUGUACCAAGACGACGACGGCCGCUGGAUCGUCAACCACCCGGAGCAUGGAAAGUUUGAGGGACUCAUAACGGCGGUAGGGACAUGUGGAAAGCCCAAGAUUCCCAUAUUCCCAGACAAGGAAAAGUUCAAGGGACCGGUCUAUCACUCGAGCCAACUGAAUGGAAAGGAUGCAGCGGGCAAGCGAAUCGCCAUCAUAGGCGGCGGAGCCAGCGCGGUCGAAGUGCUCGAGUGGGCCUUCAAGGGCGGUGCCGCCCAUGCCUCGAUCCUCUCCCGCAGCGAGAAGUGGAUCAUCCCACGCAACAUUGUCAUCAACACCAUACUUUCCUGGAACAUACUGGGCCAGGACGCCUUUAUCGGCUGGCUGCCCGAGAUACUCCUCCGAAGGUUCUUCUACCGCGACCUCGAGAGCAUCGCCCCUUCCAACAAGGGCAUCUUUACCGACACGCCCAUGGUCAAUUCUGACGUCUUGGACCACAUUCGCUCCGGAAAGGCCGAGUGGAUCAGGUGUGACGUCGAGUCUCUUACCGAGACCGGUGUCUUGGUGAACGAGCGUGCACCAGGCGUCCCCAAGGGAGGCGUAGGAAGGCCAAGGACUGUCGACGCUGACGUUAUCGUCAUGGCUACCGGGUUCAAGCGGCCAUCGCUGUCUUUUCUACCCGAUGAUUGUUUUACUGAACCCUAUGGCCCGCCAAAUUGGUAUCUCCAGACGUUUCCGCCGACACAUCCGUCCAUCUCGGCAAUCAACUGCACCUACAUAUCCGCCAUCGGCACCGUUGGCAACUGGCACAUUGGCAUCUACACGCGGAUCCUGCUCAUGUUCUUGACUGACCCGCUCACGCGACCGGCGCCCUGGUGGAUGCGGCGCUGGAUCGACAUGACCAAGCUCCUCAAGGCCACCAGCCCCGUCGGCGCCUUUGAUUUCUUCACCUACCUCGAGCUGCUCUGGUGGUUCCUCUUCUGCAUCUGCUUCAACCCUUUCCGCUGGAAGUGGGCUCUGUUCGUCUUCCUCGGCAUCGGCAUGGCUCUGCCCAAGGAGACGACCGAGCUGGAGACGAGACUGCUGCAGCGCGUGGGCUGGGACAGGCGGGAGACGCUCUGCCAAGGCACGCCGGCGGCGCAGCGCCGCGCCGUCGAGACCUACUUCCUCCCAGAGGUGUCGUUCGUCCACCCGAUCUGCCUGGUGCACGCGCACCAGCCCAUCGUGCUGCCGUCGCUGUACCCAGGCUUCGCGGGGGGUUCGUCUCGGCCCUGGAACGUCUUUUGCAGCCGCGACGCCGUCGCCGCCAUCUACCGCUGGUACCGGUUCAUGAGCCCCGACACGGUCGUGCACAUCGACUCCAAGGCCUGGGACGAGAGGAACCAGGUCCUCUACGUCGCGGCCCGCCAGCGCUUCGCCAUCUGGUUCGUGCCCUUUUAUGAGGCAAACGUCAGGCUCGUCGUCGAGCUGCACCUCCGCCGCCAGAGGCCAGCCGCCCCCUCCAUCCACACCAACAACGAUUCGCACGGGAGGUCGGCCGCCGGUGGCACUACCCGGCAGGGGCCUCAGAGGUACUACAUCGCCAAGCAGGAGGACCAUUACCAAGUCAACGAUGUCCUGCGCUUCAUCUUGCCCAUCGUUGGCCCGAUAUUUGCCUUCAUCUCACGCCAAUUUGCAUCUCUGGUCUGCUUAAUACUGGCUUUGCCCCUCUUCCUCGCUGAUCGUACCUUUGGCGACAAGGAACACGUUUGA